AAACACACAGCGGCUCUCCAGAAAUACAGCAGCAGCCGCCCUCACCGCUGACCUCGACGUAUCCCUUUCUGUUUAACGUCCCGCCUCGGGAGUCUUGAGACGGCCAGAUGGAUGGGUUGAGUGUGCAGACUCCGGUUUCAAGGAGUCCUCAGGUUUGAACGCGGUUGCUAAGGACUCCUGACUCCAUAGCAACAGCAGGAGAUUAGUGUGACACCAUCAACAGGCAGCAAGCCUCCAACCUGCUGUUGCUGCUGCUGCUGCUGCUGCUGCUGCAAGUUGAGAUGGUGUCUGGAAAACAAGGGAUUAAGUCCAGAUUUGAUCCAUCAAACAGAAUCUUGGAGCUGGCGCAGCACAAAACCUCAAAAACUGUUUGGGCCACAACUCCAUGUGAGAAGCUGAGCUGGGGCAACCAGGAGCCAAUAUGGCCCCUCUCCGCUUCUGCGCUCGGAGCCUUUCCGAGCACAAGAAUCCAAUACCUAGCCAGGCACAAAAGAGACACCUCAGCAAGGGAGGACCACCGGAGGAAGGAGAAGGAGGAGGAGGCGAGCUUUUCCAGGAAGACCCGACGUCCUUCCUCCAAGGCAUCCCAGUACGAGCACAUUGUCCGCUUGUCAACACCCAAACCCAGGAGCUGCAGCUCCCAGGAAGCAGGGCCUCCUCACACACUUCAGUGUGAGAAGAACUGUCCUAUUUGGCACGUCGAUCCCAGCGUGAAAACUGCUGUGAUCACACCGCGACUGCUGCAACUCUCCAACCCCAAACUGAACCAUCCACACUUCCUGGGCAACAGAGAGAGUGUUGCGUCCAUCGUUUCCUUGGCUUCCAAGACGGCUCAAAUCUCUCAACGACUGGUCCAGCUGUCGCUGCCCAGACUGAAGCAGAGCAACAUCUGCCAUAAGCUUGGACGCCCGGUGGAAUCAAUCUGGACUGUGUCAAAGUCAGCGAGGAGAGCCACAGCGAGUGCUCGUGUUGAAAUGCUGGCUACACCAAAACAGCUUUCCACGGACUACAUCCCUCCACGAGAACCAGAGUGGAGCCGAAACAACAUCCAGUCCACCUGAGCCUCCUUCAACAUCCCAGCCAAGUCAGCCCUCA